ACCACUUGUGAUACUUUAGUUUGAAGAAGCUAAAAUGAAAGUUGUGUUUGCUUUGGUUGUUGUUGGGGUUUCUGCCAUUUUGGCAUCCCCUAUAGAUUACAAUCCAGACGAAUGGACCCUCAUUCCAGAUAGCGACUAUAACAUGCAUCUGGUCAGCCUGAGCGAUGUUACCUUUAAAAAGGCACUGGCUGAAAGGAGCGAUUUCGCCGUCAACUUUUAUCUUUACACCAAGAAAAAUCCAACCACUGCUCAACAAAUUGCCACUGGAGACGCUGAUGCUUUGAGAGAUUCCCACUUUGAUGCAAAAAAUCCAACCAGAUUCAUCGUGCAUGGAUGGCGUCAAAGUUACACAUCCGAAAUGAACACCGAAAUUCGUGAUAAAUACUUUGCUCGUGGUGAUUUUAACGUUUUCGUCGUUGGAUGGAGUGCCGGGGCCGACACUUUGGAUUAUAUCAAGGCGGCCGGGAAUACAAUGACCGCUGGAAAGAAACUCGCAGCUUUCAUUGACUUCGUUGUUGAGAGCGGAAAGCUGAACACAGAUGACACCUACUUGAUCGGUCACUCUUUAGGAGCUCAUGUUGUUGGCAUUGGUGGAAAAAAUGUUUCUAAGGGAAAGAUCAAUACAAUCUUUGGUUUGGAUGCCGCUCUCCCAUUGUUCUUCAUCAGUGAACCAUCGAAACGUUUGGCCAAGGGUGAUGCCUUGUACGUUGAAUCUAUUCAUACCGAUGGUGGAAUACUUGGUUUUGAAGAGCCAAUCGGUAAUGCUUCCUUCUAUCCUAACUAUGGUAAUGAUCAACCUGGAUGCGGAUUGGACUUGACGACUGCUUGCUCUCAUGCCCGUUCAUGUACUUACUUUGCUGAAUCCUUGAGUUCACCUGAUGAGUUCCUGGCAGUUAAAUGUCCUGAAUACAGUGAAAUUACUGGAAGGGAUUGCAGUACUCGAGGAGCUACUGCCCGCAUGGGUGGCCAACCAUCAAACUACGGACGUGGAGUUGAGGGUAUGUACUACCUGCCUGUUAACUCAAAUUACCCAUAUGCUACCGGAAGAGUCUAAAUAAAUCAUUAACUACG